GGUGGAGCAGCGGGGAGGGGGCGGCCGGGCCGCGGUCCCUCUGCUCGGCGGCGCUGCCUCCCCGCGUCCCCCGCCCCGCUCCGCUCCGCACCCCGUCCCUCCGCUCCGGCGGGGCCCGGCGCGCCGCCACUCCCUCCGCCCAGCCAGCGGCCCACGGAGCCGGGGGGCAUAAAGCCCUCCCCGCCGGCGGCCCGCCCGUCCGCAGCCACCCCGCGGCGAUGGAGGCGGCGGGCGGGCGGGCGCUGCGCUGGCUGCUGGCCGCCGUGGGGCUGCUGUCGGCGCUCAGCGCCGCCGGGACGCUGUUCCUGCUGGCGCAGUGGCGGGAGCUGGACGCGGCGCUGCGGGAGCUGGAGGCGGCGCGGCCCGGCGCGGGCAACGGCUCCGUGCGGGACCUGCUGGGCGCCGCCGGCCCCGGGCGGGCGCCCCCCGCCGCCCGCAGCAAGCGGAGCCGCCGCGGGGAGCGCGCCCGCGGACACGUGCGCGCCGACAACGACGAGAUGCUCAUGCUGCUGACCUACUCCAUGGUGCCGGUCCGAGUGAUGGUGGAUUUAUGUAACAGCACAAAAGGGAUAUGCCUAACAGGUCCCCCCGGCCCCCCAGGGCCUCCUGGACUGGAUGGACUGCCUGGCUACAAUGGAUCGGAUGGAGUCCCAGGUGCUCCGGGACAGAAGGGAGAACCAGGAAUAAAUGGAAAAAGAGGAAGAAUAGGUGUGCCAGGACCAAAAGGUGAUCGGGGACAGAAAGGAGAACCCGGAGAAAUGGGCUUGCCUGGCAAGGACGGUGUGCCAGGAGGAAAGGGCGCAAGAGGAGCGAAGGGCGAAAAGGGGGAUGCGAACAAUGAUGUGAUAUUAGAAGGUGCAAAAGGUGAACCUGGACCAGCAGGGCCCCCCGGACCCCCGGGACCCCCAGGGCCUCCAGGAAAACGUAAAGGUAAAGCACAGCUUCAGGAGAACGUGUACAGCAGCAAAUCCACAGCCCUGGGGGAGGCGUGUGCGGUACCAAAUGACGACACCCGGGCUGGAAAAGCUGAAGACAGAAGCCCUGGUCCUUCCAGAAAAGCUGAAUGUGUCAUAACGUCUGUGGGAAGCCCUGUCCACUUUGUCACGGUACAGCAAACGUUUGGAACCUGGAUGCGGGAACCCGCCAAUGUAAGCGAUGAGCGGAUUUGGCUCACCAUGCAUUUUUCAGGAAGCUCUAUAAAAGAAUAUGAGAAUUCCAAUGCCUUGCUGAAUGACACCUACAGGAUCGUAAACAUCUCAGGGUUCUUUCAUGGAUGUGGUCACGCAGUACAAAACAAUCAUCUGUACUAUCAAAAGGGAGGAACCAAUGUCAUUCUGAAAUUUGGGCUUGAUAAUGCAUCGUUGAGCACACUGCUAAUUGAAAAUGCCUUAUAUCAUGGUCGUAACUACCUCUUUUCUAACUCGAAGACCUAUUUCAACGUAGCAGUGGAUGAGAAGGGUCUUUGGAUUAUAUAUGCCUCAAGCACAGACGAAAAUAUAAUAGUAGCACAUGUUGAUGAAGAAACAUUUUCAGUCAUUCGGCAUAUCAACACUACAUAUCCCAAGUCUAAGGCUGGUAACGCGUUCAUAGCAUGUGGCAUUAUAUAUGUUACUGAUACGAAGGAUAUGACAGUAAGUUUUGCAUUUGAUUUAUUGAAAGAGAAGCAGAUUGAUGCAAGGUUUGAGUUACGGUCUUCACAGUCUGUUCUUGCUAUGCUGUCAUACAGUUUAAGAGAUAAGAAUUUGUAUACGUGGGAGAAUAGAAGCUUAAUGAUAUAUCCUGUACAUUUUGGCAGAUGAAGAUAUUUUAAAAUGUCAUGUAUGAGAGCCAUAUUUGACUAAAUAGAUGAUUUCAAGCUAUAUGAUAUGCACUUGGGGGUCUCUUCAUUUGGUAUAAUUCUCUGUUCGCUGAUGGUGGUUUCUGAGUGUGCAUCGAAGGGAGAUCAGGCACCUUGUAUAAACACACUUCAAUUAUAUAGGCAAUUGUCGUCCUUCUAAAAGAAAAGCUGUUCAGUAUUGCAGCUGGCACACAGCACAGAUUUUGUUUUUCCCCUGUUAUUCAGCUGAUAAUUAUAUCUAAUGUACAUUGAUUAUUCUAUGGUCGUGUGUUCAGCAGAGACUAUUUAUAACUUUCAGUUGCUAUUGUCUUAUCUGCAAUAAUUUUCUAGUCAGUGAUUAUGGUCUAGUAUAAAAGUCUAAAUAACAAACUUUCGUGUACAAAUACCUUUGCCGUGUUCACUUACUACUUUCCACUGAUUCUCGGGGAACGUUCUUCUUGGACAGAGAUACACAGCUGUUAAAAAUAAUGGAGAUGGUUUUUCAAAUGGAAAAAUCAGAAAGCUUCAAGUUCAGCAAGUCUAGUGAACUGUUCCAUAAUCAAAAGCAAAAUCCAGCCCAAGUACAAGGAAAAUGGGAAUAAUGGGAUUAUUAAAUAUUCACUGUACAUGAAAUUGUGUUUACUAAAUGGAGUGUGGGAAGAAAAGUAACGAGGUAUAAAAUUGAAGAGAGGAAGUAAAAUUCCUUGCCCUCUCUGCCAUGUAAAUUAUACCGCUAUAACCUGCUUGUAACUAUACUUAACUAUAGGAAGGUAUAUUGAUUAAAAACCAUCCCCACAUUCAUCCAUACAAAUGAAAUCACAAAAUGCGGGGUAUAGUUUUUUUUUGCUGAUAUUCUUAGAAAAAUAAAAUACCUGGAGCAGGAAUGCGUGUAUUCAUCAUAGUGCUCAGUGACUUAAUCUGGGAUUAAACUUAAUUCAGAGAAUGCCCGCUCUCAUUCAAAUAUUUCAGAGCUGUUGGGGAGAAGUAAUAGGAAGUUUUUAUUUUAAUUUUGGUCUGGUAUUUAAUAUUUCUAAAUUUAACAUUGAAACAUAAAUCCCUACUGUUUCUUACAGUAUCUGUACUCAAAGUCAUGCUCCUAGAAAACCCCCACCUGUAUUUCUAAGCCGCUUGUGUAUAUUGGUUAAAGUUCAUAAAGCUCAUUCAAAUGUUUAGAAGCAAAGUAUCACUUAAACACCUUUUGGCUGAAAAAAUCAGAACCAGCUGUGUUUCUUGCAGCUGCCUUUGGUCAUGAAGAACUAAAUUCUGGUAACGUGAUGGCUUACUAGGACAGCUGAAUAUAACAUGCAAACAGCUAAUCUGUUUUAUCUCAGUCCAGGCUCAGGCAGUAUCUAGUCAAUCUACCAGAUGUUUAGUUAAAUGUAUUUAAAUAUAAGGAAGAGUUCUGGGAUGGACUGUUCCAUGAAAUAAAAGUAAUUUAUUUAACUUACAAAGGGAAAACUAAACAAUGACAUUUACUCUUCUUUCUUUUCGUACCUCCUGUACUUCACAGCCUGCGAUUUAAAAUCACCUUUGGAGAAAGGUGCUUUUUAUUCUAGUAUAUUUUACAAUACAGCACAGACAUCAAAAUUUUCAUUGGAGGAAUAAGACAGUGUGUGAACAUUUAAAUACGCAGACAUCCGUUCCAGUCUCUUAAGAACGUGGUUGUGUUUACAACAGAAAAAUACAUCUGACAACAGUAGCUAGUUAUAUUACAAGCAAACGAUAUUGAACUCUGCAUAGUUUAUACAACAUACUGUGGUAAUAAUUUAAUUACCAGUUUAAUCCACUAUUUACUAGAUGGCCACAUAAAGCCUGACAUUCAUCUGAAUUGUGGCAUUAUAUGUUCCAUUGGUAUUCUCUUAACAGCUUCAUUUAAUGAAGUAUAUUCUGGACAAAUGAAUUUCCAAACUAAAAGCUGACUAGAAUCAUGGAUGUCUUCACUACAAACAUUUAGUGCUUACAAUACAUUCCUAAAGUAAAGGCAGGUGACCAAUAGAAAACACAGCUGUCAAAGAAAGGAAAAGAGUGUGCAAAUUAAAACCAUCGCAUUUAGAAGUGUGUUGAUGUGCAAGUUGCAGUAUCAACGGUGUAUUAAUAUCAACUGGGAAAAAAAACCCC